ACAUUCCUUUGAAUUACAUUCACGCGAUUCCCUUUACGUUUUGGUUGAUUUUAUAAUAAUAAGUUCUGUAAAAGAUGAGGCUAACCCAGUUUUUGGCCACUAAACUAAAAAACUUCUCAAAUUUUCCAAAGGAAUACAUUGAGAGAAGUAAAAAGCAGGUCUAUUGGAAAACACCAUCUGGUCUGCCAAAUUACACACAACGCACGGUAGAGCGUAAGCGUUUUCGAUAUACAACGAAUAGGCCAUGGACAGGGCAGUUCAGACAGCAAAAUAUGCCCGGUACUAUACGCAAAAAGGUCUUUCUGAAUCCAGUGGAUGAAUGGGGUUUCUUCCGUGGUGAUCGUGUUGAAGUGCUUGUCGGCAAAGAUAAGGGUAAACAAGGAAUUGUUACACAGGUUAUACCCGAACGUAAUUGGGUGAUGGUGGAAGGUCUAAACUGGCAUUAUCGUACAGUGGGCGCUGAAGAAGGUUUUCCAGGCAUAUUAAUCAAAUCUGAAUCGCCUUUAGAUGUUACUAAAGAUGUGCGAUUAGUCGAUCCCUCGGAUUUGCAAGGCACAGAAUUCGAAUGGCGUUAUACUGAAGAGGGUGAGAAGGUACGUGUAUCCGCGCGCACUGGCCGCCUUAUACCCAUACCAGAAACGAACAAUCAAACACACGAUUAUAAAACGCCCGGCGCAUAUAUUGAACGCGAAAAGGAUACAGCCGCCGCUGUUGUAUCCGAAAUAACUUUCCAACCUAAAUUGUCCACAUUUGAAAUGGAUAUUAUGGAAGAGAUGGGCAUUGAGGAAGAACGUAUCCCAAAGAAGACCUACUGGUAUUAAGUUUAACUACGUUUUUUAAGCAAUGCUUUAAUUUGUUAACAAAUAAAAACUAUAAAUAUACAU